GGCGGAGCUGCCCGUGGACGGGGGUCGCGCGCGGCGGCGGCGGCGGUGGGGGUGUGCGCGUGCUCGCUUCAGGGAUGGCCCGCGCCUGGCGGGCGCUGCGGGCCCUGCGCCUGCGGCUCCUGGGGCCAGAGAAGGAGCUGGUGGGCACCGACCAGUUCGGCAACAAGUACUACCGCGUGCCUCAGCACCAGACCGGCGCAGGGCAAAUUAAACCUGAAAGAAGGUUUGUAGAAGCAGUAAAUCGGCAAGCAUAUCAGUACGAGAUGGGUGACUUUCCAACAGAAUGGGAAGCUUGGAUAAGAAAAAAAAGAAAGGAUCCACCCACCAUUGAGGAGAUUCUUAAGAAUGAGAUGUACAGACAAGAAAUGAAACAGAAGGUCAAAGAUGUGUAUGAAAAAGAUAAGCUCCUUCAGACCAAGGAAUAUAAGGAGGGACUUGUUGCUGAACCAGUUCAUGCUCAGGUUAAAGGCCACGCGUCAGCUCCCUACUAUGGAAAGAAAGAGCCAUCCCAAGACCCAGCAAGCACUUCAGGUUCCUUUCAGCCGGGUUCCUGGAUGCCACCAGGAAGUGACAGUAGUAAAAAGAACCAGCUUUGAUGUACAAACAUUGCCAACGGAUAAAUGCUUUAAUAGGCAUCAUAAACAGCUGUUAUGUAUAGUGGCCAUGCAAUAAAGUAGUAUUAAAUCCAAGUUUCGUUUAUUUUUGCAGUUGUUCAGAGAGGCUUAAUUGUGCCAUAUUGCUACAACACAUUUUAAUUCAGUGGAAAACAGGGUGGGUUACUGAGGAAGUUCAUUCUCAAGUGUUUGUUUCUUUUCCUGGUAUUCAUUAGAUCACUAAAGAUAAGUUUUCAAGGUAGUUUUCUCAAAUGACUCUAAAUUGCUUUUUUCUUGAAGAUGGAUUUAUCUUUGUGCUUAAUGUAGUAAAUUUCAGUUGAUCAGUACACAUACAUUAUCUUCUCAAACAUAGGUGUUAAAAGAAGUUCUUAAUUCCAGUUAGUUUCCAGGGCUGAACCCGUAUGCUGAACUUUCAAGCUUCUGAUAAUUGGACAGAAAAGUUUGUUUCACUAACAGGAAUCAUUGUGAUACUGCAGUAAUUUCAGACAUUCUUGUGAUUUAUUUUAAUAAAGGAAUUAAUGUAUCUGAAUAAUGUUUGAGUUGCUACCAGCAGUAAGCAGGGGAUAGAUUCAUUCUGAGUUAAACUGUUUAAUGCUAUUUUAAUAGAGGUUGGAAGCAUCGAGUAAGGCAAACAAAAAACAGCUAAGUGGUUCUGGGAGAAAAGGUUAUUCCUGAUAUCCACCCCAAAAAUUAAUUUUUACUUGCUUAGAAAUGUUUGAGAACUUUAAAUCAAAAUAAAAGUCACACAACCUUUUUAAAAAGCA